AUGGCUCAACCGCACCCCCUGAACAGCGAUCCCGAUCGCUUGCUUUUCGCUUACUGGGUGCCAAAUGUUUCAGGCGGCUUGAUUAUCAGCAAAAUCCCCCAGAAAACAAACUGGGACCUCGCUAGCAACAUCAAAUACGCCAAGGCGGCUGAAAAUGCGGGCAUAGAAUAUGGCCUAACCCAAAUCCGUUUCACUGCUUCCUAUGGAGCGGCAAAUCAACAUGAAUCUGUCUCCUUCUCCCAAGCUGUUCUCCAAGGAACAGAUACCAUUAAGAUCAUUGCAGCCAUCCUUCCGGGCCCAUGGAACCCUACCCUGGCAGCUAAACAAAUUGCAAGCAUCGACCAAUACAGCAAUGGCCGGAUCGCUGUAAAUAUCGUCAGUGGCUGGUUUAAAAAUGAGUUCACUGCCGUUGGUGAGUGGUGGCUCGAGCAUUCAGAGCGCUAUCGCCGCAGCAACGAAUUCAUACGUUGUCUGAAGGGGAUUUGGACAGCUCCCGCAGAUACUGGGUUCACCUUCGGUGGCGACUUUUACAGAUACAGAGACUACAAACUCAGUCCAAAGCCGGUACAGAAACCACACCCAGAAAUCUUUCAAGGGGGAAAUAGUGAUGACGCUAGAACCAAUGGUGCUGAGGUCAGUGACUGGUACUUUAUGAACGGUAACGACCUAGACGGGUUUCGCUCCCAGAUCGAAGAUGUAAAAGCGAGAGCAGCCAAGGUCGGCCGUGACAAAGAGGUGCGGUUUGCUGUGAAUGGCUUUGUCAUUGUCCGGGAGACCGAAGAAGAGGCGAUCCGCGUAUUACAAGAGAUACAAGGCAAGGCCGAUAAAGAGGCUGUUAAUGCCUUCCGCGAUGCUGUUCAGCAAGCUGGGGCAAGCACAUCAAACAAGUCAGGCAUGUGGGCUAAUAGCAAGUUCGAUGACUUGGUUCAGUACAACGAUGGAUUCAAGACAAAACUGAUUGGAACAAAAGAGCAAGUUGCAGAAAGACUGGUGUUAUUGAAAAGCCUGGGCAUCAAUCUUGUCCUAACUGCCUUUUUGCACUAUGAAGAGGAAAUCGAACAGUUUGGGAAGGACGUUGUUCCCCUAGUCCGACAACUUGAGAAAGAGGGGCGAGGCAAGGAUGCAGACUUCGAGAUUGAACGAACGGGCGAUGUGUAUAGAAAAAAGUAA